AGCCGCGUGCAGUGAGCGCCAAGGUCUUUUUGCGGAGCGCCGCGGCCCGGCGCGCACAGGCUCCGCAGCUCCCUGCUCCCGCCACCAUGGCGCGGCCCCGCAGCUGACGGCGGGCUCCCGGCCCCUCUCCUCCUCCUCCUCCUCCUCCUCCACCACCUCCCCCAGGCCCCAGCUCGGGCACGUAGGCGGCCGCUCCCAGCGGCGCCGGCAUCCCCAGCCCCGUCCCCUUCAGGCUUCAGCAGUCGGGCCGGGCGGCUCCCGGCCGCGCCAUGAGCGUCGUCAUCGGCAUCGGCGGGGUCACUAACGGCGGAAAGACCACACUCACCCGCAAGCUGAUGCAGGCCCUGCCCAACUGCAGCGUGGUGCACCAAGAUGACUUCUUCAAGCCGCAAGAUGAAAUAGAAGUUGAAGAUGGGUUUAAACAGUAUGAUGUGAUUAGUGCAUUAGAUAUGGAGGCUAUGAUGAAUACCAUCAAUGCUUGGAUAAAAAACCCAGUCAAGUUUGAGCGUUCUCAUGGGAUUAACAACACACUGGAUGCCCAAAUCUCACCAGACAGGAAGGGAGAAGAUAAAACAAUCCACAUUCUUAUUGUGGAAGGCUUCCUACUUUACACCUACAGGCCACUGAUUGAUAUUUUCCACCAUCGGUACUUUCUUUCCAUUCCAUAUGAAGAGUGUAAAAGGAGAAGAAGUUCGAGGAAUUAUACUGUACCAGAUCCACCUGGAUUGUUUGAUGGCCACGUUUGGCCUAUGUAUGUAAAACACAGGAAGAUAAUGGAAGAUCUUGGUGUUGAUGUGGUGCACUUGAAUGGAACAAAAUCAAGGGAGGAGCUGUUCAAUGAGGUGUAUGGGCAGAUCCAAAAUAAGAUUGAAGAAUUACUUAAUAUGCAGGUAUGCGUUCAUGCUUGGGACUGAAGAUGAUUCCUGUUUGCUCUGAGCUGUCUACCAGACUGCCACUAAAGUUCCAGCUUCUGUGAAGACUCAGUUAUUGGAUUUGACUUUGAUUUCUCCUGAAACCGAGCUAUAUAUGGUCAUAAUAAAAAAGUAUUUCCCCCUCA